AACGACGGUGAUGCUCGGUGCGCGGCUCUGUGUUUCAGAUUUCAUUUUGGUUGUUUCAAAGUCUACGGGAGCAUGGAUUUGAUAAGCGCCUAUUGUUUUUAAUUUGUUACUGCUUUAAUGGUGUUUAGUUAAGUGCACGGCGUGGAGAUGCUGUGGAGGGGAGUGCUGCUGCUGCUGCUGCUGGUGCGCAAAGGGAUUCUCCAUCCUUCUCCACACAGAGUGGGAAGUGGAUAUGCAGCCCGAGCUCUAAGGGGUUCUCCCCGCCGUAUGCAUCUUGGAAGUUGCGGUGUUCAACCGGUUCUCCGCCUUCACCCUCAGUAAAGCCUCAUAGAUGCCGUUUCCCUGCGCGACUCCAUGGAUUUGGUUCACUUAGGGCCAUCAGAGGAACAGACAUGGCAGUGCCAAACAUGGUGUUCUCUGACGUGGAAAGUUUUCUGGACUCGCAUCCCGACUUGUUCGAGGACUACCUGAACAGAAAGGGGAAUUACAGCAUGGUGGAGAAAUGGCUCAAGAAUCACCAGGCGAGCAAAAGUCCGGCGUCGGCGGCGGCGGCGGCCCCGGCUCCCGCCGAGCCGCGGGGCGAGAAGCCCGGCGCGGGUAGGGACAGCUGGGCGAGCAAAUGCGACGGUCUGCAGCGGAGAGCCUCGCAGAAGGAGCUGCGCAAAACUUUCGCCAGGUCCAAGGCCAUCAACGUCAACAGGACCUACGACGAGCACGUGAACUCCCGCGCGCAGGAGCCGCUGACGAGCAUGAGGCGCAGAGCUCUGCUGAGGAAGGCGAGCUCCUUGCCCCCGACCACUGCGCACAUCCUGAGCGCGCUGCUGGAGUCCAGGGUCAACAUCCCGCAGUACCCGUCCACCGCCGUGGAUUUUAAAUAUUACCUGAAGGAGCACAACGAGAGGGAGUUCUUCCUGGAGCUCGUGAAAGACAUAUCGAACGACCUGGAUCUGACGAGUCUCAGCUACAAAAUCCUGGUGUUUGUGUGCAUCAUGGUGGACGCGGACCGGUGCUCCUUGUUUCUGGUGGAGGGCACGGGCAACAAGAACACGCUGGUGUCCAAGUUCUUUGACGUGCACGCGGGCACCACGGUGCUGCCCUCGAUGAACUCGGACGAAGUUCAAGUUCCGUGGGGGAAAGGGAUCAUUGGAUACGUGGCGGAGCACGGGGAGACGGUGAACAUCCCUGACGCCUAUCAGGAUCGUCGGUUCAGUGAUGAAAUUGACAAGCUGACAGGAUACAAAACCAAGUCGCUCCUGUGCAUGCCCAUCCGCAACAGCGAUGGCGAGAUCAUUGGGGUUGCUCAGGCCAUCAACAAGAAUUCGAAUGGGAACCUCUUCACUGAAGAUGAUGAAAAGGUGCUACAGAUGUACCUGCCAUUUUGUGGUAUUGCAAUCUCCAACGCCCAACUCUUUGCCGCCUCGAGGAAGGAGUAUGACAGGAGUCGGUCACUCUUGGAGGUUGUCAAUGACCUGUUUGAGGAGCAGACUGAUCUGGAGAAGAUUGUCAGGAAGAUCAUGCACCGUGCCCAGACGUUGCUGAAGUGCGAACGCUGCUCUGUUCAAUUGCUGGAGGACAUUGAGUCACCGGUGGUGAAGUUCACCAAGUCGUUUGAGCUACUGUCCCCUAAGUGCAGUGCAGACGCCGAAAACAGUUUCAAAGACAGUAUGGAGAAAUCCUCCUACUCCGACUGGCUCAUCAACAACAGUAUUGCGGAGCUGGUUGCAUCCACAGGACUACCUGUGAACAUCAGUGACGCCUAUCAGGAUCCUCGCUUCGACGCUGAGGCGGACCAGUUCUCGGACUUCCACAUUCGCUCUGUGCUCUGUGUCCCUAUAUGGAACAGCAACCACCAAAUCAUUGGCGUCGCUCAAGUGCUGAACAGGCUCGAUGGGAAAUCGUUUGACGACGCAGACCAGCGUCUCUUUGAGGCGUUUGUGAUCUUUUGUGGACUGGGCAUCAACAACACCAUCAUGUACGACCAGGUGAAGAAGUCCUGGGCCAAGCAAUCCGUGGCUUUGGAUGUUCUGUCUUACCAUGCCACUUGCUCCAAGACUGAAGUUGACAAAUUCAAGGCUGCUAACAUUCCCCUGGUUUGCGAGCUGGGCAUCGACAAGCUGUCCUUUGACGAUUUCUCUCUGGACGUUGACGCCAUGAUUACAGCCGCUCUGAGGAUGUUCAUGGAGCUGGGAAUGGUGCAGAAGUUCAAGAUUGACUAUGAGACACUGUGCAGAUGGCUGCUGACUGUCAGAAAAAACUACAGAAUGGUUCUCUACCACAACUGGAGACACGCCUUCAACGUCUGCCAGUGCAUGUUUGCCAUGCUCACGACGGCGGGCUUCCAGGAGACUCUGACAGAGGUGGAGACCUUAGCGCUUAUUGUAGGUUGUGUGUGCCAUGACUUGGACCACAGGGGCACCAACAACGCUUUUCAGGCAAAGACGGGCUCAGCCCUCGCUCUGCUUUAUGGGACCUCUGCUACACUGGAGCACCACCACUUCAACCACGCUGUUAUGAUCCUGCAGAGUGAGGGUCACAACAUCUUCUCCAACCUGUCGUCCACAGAGUACAGCGACCUGAUGCAGCUGCUGAAACAGUCCAUUCUGGCCACAGACCUCACACUGUACUUUGAGAACAGAAACACCUUCUUUGAGUUGGUCAGCAACGGAGAGUACAACUGGAACGUGAAGGCUCACCGAGACAUGUGCAGAUCCAUGAUGAUGACGGCCUGUGAUCUCGGUGCUGUCACCAAACCUUGGGAGAUAUCACGAAAGGUGGCCGAGUUGGUGACCAGCGAGUUCUUCGAGCAGGGCGACAGAGAGCGAUCGGAGCUGAAGCUCACACCCUCGGCCAUCUUUGAUCGAAACAGGAAGGACGAGUUGCCAGGGCUGCAGCUGGAGUGGAUUGAUGGAAUUUGUGCGCCGCUGUACGAGACUCUGGUCAAGUUGAAUCCCAAACUUCAGCCGAUGGUUGACAUGAUCAAAGCCAACAGGGCCAAGUGGGAGGAACUGAACAAGAAGAGACAACGUGGCCAGAGCGUCUCUGCGCCCGCGAGCCCAUGCGGUGGCGAAAGCACAGAAACCAGUGGCUGCACCGUGGCCCAAACUGGCAGCACACCCUGCGGCGGCGGCGGCGGCGGCAGCGGCGGCGACGCCGAAGGCACAACAUCUAAACCUGUCAGUUAGCUUCUGUUGCCACCAGCAAAGUGAUCUCUUCGGCUUAUUUCCUCUAAAAUGCGGCCUGCAACAGAGGCAGUGCAGUGCAGUGCAGUGCAGUGCAUGCAGAGGUUCUUGGGCUCUGCUCCUCUUCGCUUUUGCU